AUGGUGGAAAUCAACGAGGUGAAGGAAGGAGGCCACAGCAGAGAGCACAGAACCGCCACGCACACGCACAUCAAGGGCCUUGGGCUCGACGAGUACGGAGCGGCAAAGAAGAUCGACGGAGGGUUCGUUGGACAGAACGAGGCCAGAGAGGCGUGCGGGAUCAUUGUGGACCUCAUCAAGUCGAAGAAGAUGAGCGGAAAGGCGAUCCUGCUUGCUGGUGGGCCGGGAACGGGAAAAACUGCCCUGGCGCUGGCCAUUUCGCAGGAACUGGGUCCCAAGGUGCCGUUCUGUCCUAUUGUUGGCUCAGAGUUGUUUUCCGCAGAGGUGAAGAAGACAGAGGCGCUGAUGGAGAAUUUCAGAAAGGCCAUUGGCCUGAGGAUCAAAGAGACCAAGGAGGUGUACGAGGGAGAAGUGAUUGAUCUGACUCCAGAAGAGGCUGAGAACCCAUUGGGAGGCUACGGCAAGACCAUCAACCACGUGAUUGUGGGACUGAAAACGUCCAAGGGAACCAAGUCGCUGAAGCUGGACCCAUCUAUUUACGAGUCGAUCCAAAAAGAGCGCGUGAGCAUCGGAGACGUGAUUUACAUCGAGGCAAACACGGGGUCCGUGAAGAGAGUGGGCAGAUCGGACGCGUACGCCACAGAGUUCGACCUGGAGGCCGAGGAGUACGUGCCUUUGCCGAAGGGCGACGUUCACAAGAAAAAGGAGAUUGUCCAGGACGUGACUUUGCACGAUCUGGACAUUGCCAACGCUAGACCACAGGGAGGACAAGACAUUUUGUCCAUGAUGGGGCAACUGCUCAAACCACGCAAGACAGAGAUUACAGAAAAGCUGAGAACAGAAGUCAACAAGGUCGUUUCGAAGUACAUCGACCAGGGUGUCGCCGAGCUGGUUCCUGGUGUGCUGUUCAUUGACGAGGUCAACAUGUUGGACAUCGAGUGCUUUACGUUCUUGAACAGAGCCCUGGAGUCUUCCAUUGCUCCAAUUGUGAUUCUGGCUUCGAACAAGGGAAUGACCACUGUUAGAGGUACAGACGACUACAAAUCACCACACGGCCUGCCUGCCGACCUGAUUGACAGACUGCUCAUUGUCAAGACUUUGCCAUACAACCACGAGGAGAUCAGAACCAUUGUGAUGAAGCGUGCCAAAGUCGAGUCCCUCCUGCUGACGCCUCAGGCCCUGGACAGACUGGCACAAAUCGCCAUGUCCACCUCGCUAAGAUACGUGCUGCAGCUUCUUUCUCCGGCAGGAAUUCUUGCCAAGGUGAAUGGCCGCAGCGAGAUCACCGUUGACGAGAUUGAAGAGUGCCAGGUGCUCUUUUUAGACGCUAGACGCAGCACCAAGGUCUUGGAGGACUCCAAGGGAUAUCUAUAG